GAGAAAGAGGCGGGGCUUCAUUGAGUGAAAUACGUCUUCCAUUGUGUGGAAGACGUGCUCGGUGUGGAAUUUCUCGGUGUUCACGAACAUCCAGCUUUCCCUGUGGUGUGGAAUCUAUCGAAGGAUUGUGCGCCGAGGAUAAAAGCCACCAGGAUUACCAAAAGACGUGACGUGGUUGGACAAAAUACUGAAUAACGGGCACGCGGCAGUCCCGAUGUAAGACCUUGGAGAGGCAAACAGAAAGGAAAAGCGCCGGAGAGAUGGUGUCACCGAAAAAUGAUGACGCAGAGGAGAGAGUGGGACACAUUAAAGAGGAGGAUUGUGAGUGGGAUGCCAGCCACCUUCCGCUACAUGUCGUCUGUGUGAAGCUGGAGGACGGUGAGGGGAAUGUUUCUGGUUUUAAAGAGGAGGAUUCUGAGGAAGGGUGCAUGGCCAUUAAAAGAGAGGGGCCCGGGCAGGUCUUGAUCAGUGCCGAGACGGAAAAGAGAGAAACUGUCGUGAAUUUCAAGAGCGAUGCGUCUCUGGAGAAGGAGGAGGACUCCGGUUUACUGGCCGGUUCGGCACUGCAGAAUGAGGUGACUUAUUUGUCGUGCGCUCAGUGGGGACCACCGCGGUCACUUCAGCAGCUUCCUGGAGAGCUCAACUCCAAACUGCCCAAAACUGAGAGCAAACUCCCUGGGACGAUAAAUGACAGGACAGCAUCGAAAGAGGAAGAACCUUCUAUAAGACAAUUUGGAACACCUUUACUAGAGAAUGACAGCUUCCCCACAUCUGCAGCUGCUGAAGAGUCCAUUCAGUGCCAACCUCAACUGAACUAUCCUGAUAGAAAUGUGAAGGCUGUGGUGUUUGGAGCUGGGAGCUUUCAACAAAGCACAUUGCAGUGUAGUCCUCCACCUUUUGUGGCCCUGAAAUUAAAAAACAACAUCAAUUCUCAACAGAAAUACAGUGAAACACUACUGACUUCAUAUGUGUGCCAGAAAUGUGGAAAAUAUUUUAAGCACAAAACCGAUUUUAACAAUCAUCUGAGCAGGCAUUUGGUUGAGAAGUCCUAUUGUUGCAGUGAAUGUGGCAAACGUUUCUUAAACAAAAAAGGGCUUCUGAGCCACAUGAAAACUCACACCGGAGAUAAACCUCAUUGCUGUUCUGAAUGUGGAAAACGAUUCAUACAAUCCAGUCAUCUCCGGAGACACCUGAGAAUUCACAGUGGAGAUAAGCCUCAUUGCUGUACCGAAUGUGGAAGGCAAUUCUCUGUCAAAGGCAGUCUUGAGCGACACAUAAAGAUUCACACUGGGGAAAAGCCUCACUGCUGUUAUGAGUGUGGCAAACAUUUCUCACGAUUUAGCUGCCUUCAGAACCACAUGAGAAUCCACACCGGAGAGAAGCCUCAUAGUUGUUUUGAAUGUGGGAAGCAAUUCAUACAAAUAGGCAACCUUCAGAGCCACAUGAGAGUUCACACUGGUGAGAAACCUCACUGCUGUUUAGUAUGUGGCAAGCGAUUCUCACAAAUUGGGAAUCUUCAGGACCACCGGAGAAUUCACACUGGAGAGAAACCAUACUGCUGUUCUGAAUGUGGUAAAAAAUUCUCACAGAUUAGCAGCCUUCAGAGCCACAUACGAAUACACACUGGUGAGAGGCCUCAUUCCUGUCCUGAAUGUGGCAAAAGCUUCUCACAAGUAAGCCACCUUAGAAGGCAUGUUAAAAUUCACACCGGGCUGAAACCUCAUUUCUGUUCUGAAUGUGGCAAGCAAUUCACAGAACUAAGCAGUCUGCGCAGCCACAUGAGAAUUCACACUGGUGAGAAACCCCAUUGCUGUACGGAAUGUGGCAAACAAUUUUCAGAAUUAAGCCGUCUUCGAAGCCAUACAAGAACCCACACUGGAGAGAAACCUUAUUGUUGUACAGAGUGCGGCAAACGAUUCUCACAAGUAAGUUGUCUUCAGAGACACAUGAAAAUCCACACGGGAGAGAAACCGUAUUUGUGUUCAGAUUGUGGGAGACAGUUUUCAGAAAUAAGCCGUCUUCGAAGCCAUGCAAGAGUCCACACUGGAGAGAAGCCUCAUGGGUGUACAGAGUGUGGCAAAACAUUCUCCCAAAUAAGCAGUUUAAACAGCCAUAAGCGAAUUCACACAGGAGAGAGACCCCACUGCUGCCCUAAGUGUGACAAAAGAUUUUCACACUUGAGCAGUCUGCACAGCCACAUAAGAACUCACACUGGAGAAAAACCUCACUGCUGCCUGGAAUGUGGCAAGUGUUUCUCACAAGCAAGCCAACUUAAGAGACACACAAGAAUUCACACUGGUGAGGAAAGGCAGAAACGGGAAAUGGAAGUGAAGACUUGAGAAUGUGCGUCGGUAGUCCUAACACCAAAACAGUUUGUUCACAUUGUCCUAAAAGUAAAACUUUUUCCAUGUUGUGAAAACGAAUGAAAUAUGAAGUGAUCCAGCAAAUCAAGGAGGAGCUGUGGAAACUUACACAGCAACACGCCAUAGAUUGACCUCUACAGACGAGGGAAGUCUAGAAAAUAAUUUCAAGCAAUCCCAUUUGUAAUAUAAAUCUGGAAAAAGAAAUGCAUAAUCAGCAUACACAAACAGCAAAGCAGAUUUCAGUGUCCCAGAUCUCAAUUCAUGAGUUCACCGAAUGCACGCUGGCUAGACAUGCAUUGUGCAGCAUUGAAAGAUCAACUUUCUGGAAGGCUCCAGGAGAGUAUGGCCAUUUGAGCUCAGCUCUUCUAGGAUCUUUGUCAUCUUGGUGUUGUAGCAGUUUGCAAAGUCCUUACCUUUUAUCCAUUCACCAUUUGUCCUUCAUUUGUUAGACCUUCCUCUGAGUCUAAUCCCAUGCUGCAAUUCUACUGUAACAUGCAAAAAACGCUUUCCACUUGAGCUCUAGCAAGUUCUCCAUUCCUACGUGUUGAGACAAUCCUGGAUGGUUCACCACGUGUUUGUUACGAUUACUGCCAGAGUCACAAAAUGGUUUAGGGGAGACGUUUCAGACAUCCAGGGGUAAAGAACUCGCCCAAGCCUCAUCGAUGAAAGGUCAUGGACUGAAGGAGAAGACGAAUGUAGAAUACACAGGGGGUUCAGCAAAAGGAGUAAGUGAGGUAACCGAGCAAACGCUUAACUUGAAAGUCAGCUUAAAGUCCUCCUUCAUACAGUAAGUUGGAAAUGGCUUUGUUUCACUUAACCUUUCUGAUCUUGUAGAUACCUUUAUGUUGGAAUGAAAACUGAAGAAAUUACUCAAAAUUCCAAGAAUAAAAUAAUUUGCUGCUGGGGGUCCCCAAAAUGGCUUCUUUUGAGGUUCCUCAUCGGCUUCUGAAGACUCCUUAUUUACCCAAACUAUCCUCUUUUCUGAGCUGCUUCUGAUUUUUUUUACUAAUCAUGAAAACUGUUCCAUUAUCUUUGUUCUCUCUCGUGUGCGGUGACCACCAACUUCAACAAGUUGAACCCUUAAAAGUGGAGCGUGGAGUGGAUUGGUAUAAAACCAACGUCAAACCGUCCCUCUAUCACACUCAAACUGACGGUAACCCGCGUUGUGUCCAAGGAGGUGGCUAGACAGCCAACUGGUGGGCUGCACUUCUCCUAAUACCUGUGGGCGACAACGCUUUUCUUUCUGAUAUUGAGACGUUCUCGUUUGCUUACCUUUUAUCUGGAGCUGUUUUCUCAACUUUUUAGGGGUUUGUGUAGUGUCUGGGGGACCUUUCUGUGCAGUUCAUCAGCUCUCAUAAACCUUAGCACUGUGGCAAACUCCUACCCUGAGAGAGAAGACAAAAGCAAAUUACACAGAAAUUCAAUAAGAGGAGUGAGUAAGGGAACAGCCAGAGAAAAGGAACUCAAACCUACGACUGUCUAGCUUACCUUGAGAGCCAUGUCACUAAGUUAGACAUCACAUAAUUUUUGCACUUUACUCUGUAGAUCAUCUGAGUACUUUUUAUGUUGGAAUCUUCUGGACAGAUAAAUAUUUCAGACCUACUUGGUAAACCUAGGGUAAAUGUCAACGUCGUUUCUUUCAGCACUUCCACAUUCGUCUGUCCCAGUUCUUUCUUGUACACCUCAUCCUUUAUCAAGCUGAACAACUGGAAGUGAAACCCGGAAUGAACUUGAAUAAAACCAGCAUCAAACCACAAUUGUAAAUGACUGAAAUUGGAGGUAACUUGCCUUGUGUCCAAGGACGGGCUGGAUGGCCAGACACUGACUGGUAUUUCUCCUCAACAUUGUGGGUUACCAACAAUUUUGUUUCUGCCAUUAAGGACCUAAGUGUUUGGCCAUUCGGGAAGUGCCCCUGCCAGAAGCCCUGAGGACAUUUAUGUGUAGCCUUUACAAAACUUAGCACCAUGGAAAAAUCAUGAAAUGAAGGAGCAGACAAAGGCAGAAUGCACAGAAAUUCAAGAAGAGGAGUAAGUAAGGUACCUACCAGAAGAAUGGAAACCAAGCUUCCCAUGUGGGUCAGGUUUUAAGAAUUCCUGUAGACAGCGCUUUAUUCUCUUUACCUUACAGAUCUUCUGAAUACCUUGACGUUGGAAUCUACAUUACAGAUGAGUGUUUCGGGCCUACUUGGAAUUUCCAGGAAAAAUGUUGUUGCUGUUGGAGGCCCCCAAAUGCCGCCUUGAGAGGUGCUCAGUUUGAAAACUCCUUUUUUUUUUAUAAUUAUGCAGACUGUUAGACCGAACAAAGACAUUGGGACCUCUGUGUCCAGAGGUGAUGUGGUCACCAUUUCCAAUAAGCUGGACCCUUGCAAGUGAAGCUUGGAAACAUUUGUCAUCAGUAUGGAUAACACCUGACAUCAAACCACCAUUAUAUAUAUAUAUAUAUGAUUAAAGUUGGAGGGAACUUGCGUUGUGUCCAAGCAGGGGCAGGAUGGCCAACUGCUGACCUAAUGACUGCUGGUCACAACUAAAUAGACAGGAAAUUUGGCUUCGUGGUCUCAUCCUUUGUCCAGUGGCCUUAGCUUAAUAUUGUUUUCAAUGAAUGGUUUGAACAAAGUCUGAAUGUUGUUGCAUGUUUUUCAGUAAUGCAUGUUGUCUCUGUUUUUUUUUGUUGUAAUUUAUUUGAAUUCUUUGUACAUGCGUAUGGCACUGUGGUUUUGUAAAUUUAAAAGGUCGUGUUCACUUUUGAUAUGUUUAUCCCAAUAAGAGCAGAGUAAGUAAGUUUAUGUUCAUCCUGUGGAGGACUGGUGAUCUCUCCAGGGUUUAUUCCUGCCUUGUGCCCUAUGCUAGCUGGGAUAGGCUCCAGCGGACCCCCCGCUAACCAGAACUAAGCAGGUUUGAAAAUGACAAACUGACUGUUACACAGUAUGGCAGCCUGGGUUUGACCCGUCACUCACGUCUGUUUAAUUUAUUUAUUUAUUUGGCCAAACGAUCAUGUAAAAAUGUAGG